CGUCAACAAUUUCAGACUCGUGCGACGUGCGACGGUGCGACACGAAAUCCCAUAAGGCUGCCACUGUUUAGUAACCAUUAGUAACCUCUCCUUGGUGAAGGAUGGUAGAUAAUAUACAUACAUACAUUUUUCACUUUUCAAUUCAUAUUUUGGUACUUACUUAAAUAGUAGUUUAUCAUAUGAAGAGGAGAGGAAAAGACAGAAUCGAAGGAACGUUUACGUUUGACAACACUUCUCUUCGUAGAUGGCGUUUAGUAGUAUCGUUAUCGUACACCAUUGUCCACACGGGAUGUGUUGAAGCUGCUCGAUGAAUUCAAGCGCUUGGCGCUUGUAUGCCGUUGUGUAGGUGUACGUAUCGCGUUGUAUGUGACAGGAAUCCAGAAGUUGGAUUCGCGAUAUUAAGAAUGGGCGUAAUAUUUUUGGAACACAUCGGAGGCACCCGCUUAUUCUCUUGCGCAUCCUGUGACACGAAUCUCACAAACAGAGGUCAGCUGAUAAGCACGCGUUUCACGGGUGCCACAGGCCGUGCUUUUCUCUUUAACAAAGUCGUCAACUUGAAUUACAGUGAGGUACAGGAUAGAGUGAUGUUGACGGGUCGUCACAUGGUCCGAGACGUCAGCUGCAAAAACUGUGAUGCUAAGCUUGGGUGGGUGUAUGAAUUUGCAACAGAUGAUAAUCAACGAUACAAGGAGGGACGAGUCAUACUGGAGCGUGCAUUAGUUACGGAGAGUGACGGAAUGGGAGACAAUAUAUUUUAAUAUCUUACACGUAGCGCUGGAUAGAAUAAGAAUCUUAUAGUCAAUUGUGAAAUCUACAGUUUUCUUUCGCAAUGUUUUUGGGUUAACUUCAAAAACUUCUACGAGUGUAUAAAGAUCUACAUUUAGUAUUUCAUAUUUUUGUAAACGACAAAUGUAUUGUUUUUGUUAUUUUAUUUUUCAAGUUACUUUCCAUUUCGACAUAUACAUGCUAAGUCUAUCUCACUAGUUAGUUCUAAAUACUAUAGAAUUUAUCUGUAAAAGAAAUGAAUGAUAUUGGGUAUAUAAAGUGAAUGAAAUAAACGAGUAUGUCUAUUA